GUUGGGUGUAUGUUACAGCAGGAAUGUGUAUAUCAACAAAGGGAUCGAACAUAAUAUGUGACUUGUGAUCAAUAAAUCCUGGCUGAUUAAUAGACGGUUUAUGUGUCAGGAGAGAUUUUACUGAAAUAAGUGACAAGAACAGAAAUACAUGAAGUAUGGCGAUGAAGAAAUCUUUUAAUAACAUAAUCAAAAAGUCUAACUCUGAAAAAUCAAGCAUUUUAUCAGAUUCAUAUAUGUUCUCACAACAGAUAGUAAACACAAACCUCACACCUUUCUCAUGUUCUGAAUGUGGAAAAUGUUCUAGCUGUACACAAUCUCUUGUUAGACAUCAGAGAACUCACACAGGAGAGAAACCAUUCUCAUGUUUUGAAUGUGGAAAAUGUUUUGUCAAUAAAACAAACCUUGUGCUACAUCAGAGAACUCACACAGGAGAGAAACCAUUCUCAUGUUCUGAUUGUGGAAAAUGUUUUAGUCGUAAAGACACUCUUGUUAAACAUCAGAAAAUGCACACAGGAGAGAAACCAUUCUCAUGUUCUGAAUGUGGAAAAUGUUUUAGUAGUAGAGACACGCUUGUUGGACAUCAGAGAACUCACACAGGAGAGAAACCAUUCUCAUGUUCUGAAUGUGGAAAAUGUUUUGUCAAUAAAACAAACCUUGUGCUACAUCAGAGAACUCACACAGGAGAGAAACCAUUCUCAUGUUCUGAUUGUGGAAAAUGUUUUAGUCGUAAAGACACUCUUGUUAAACAUCAGAAAAUGCACACAGGAGAGAAACCAUUCUCAUGUUCUGAAUGUGGAAAAUGUUUUAGUAGUAGAGACACGCUUGUUGGACAUCAGAGAACUCACACAGGAGAGAAACCGUUCUCAUGUUCUGAAUGUGGAAAAUGUUUUAGUCGUAAAGAAACUCUUGUUAUACAUCAGAAAACUCACACAGGAGAAAAAACAUUUGCAUGUUCUGAAUGUGGAAAAUGUUUGGUCAAUAAAACAAAGCUUGUGCUUCAUCAGAGAACGCACACAGGAGAGAAACCAUUCUCAUGUUCUGAAUGUGGAAAAUGUUUUAGUAGUAGAGACACACUUGUUGGACAUCAGAGAACUCACACAGGAGUGAAACCGUUCUCAUGUUUUGAAUGUGGAAAAUGUUUUAGUCGUAAAGAAACUCUUGUUGCACAUCAGAGAACUCACACAGGAGAGAAACCAUUUGCUUGUUCUGAAUGUAGCAAAUGUUUUAGUAGUAAGGCAAAUGUUGUUAUACAUCAGAGAACUCACACAGGAGAGAAACCGUUUGCAUGUUCUGAAUGUGAAAAAUGUUUUAGUAGUAAAUACUUUUUUGUUAAACAUCAGAGAACUCACACAGGAGAGAAACCGUUCUCAUGUUCUGAAUGUGGAAAAUGUUUUAGUAUUAGAGGCACACUUGUUAGACAUCAGAGAACUCACACAGGAGAGAAACCUUUCUCAUGUUCUGAAUGUGGAAAAUGUUUUAGCCGUCACUCAGUUCUUGUUACACAUCAGAGAAUUCACACAGGAGAGAAACUGUUCUCAUGUACUGAAUGUUAAAGAGAUUUAUCUGUUAAUCCUAAUCUCCAGGUGAGGUGUCGCUUAAGAUUUUAUAAUGUAUAUGGAUUAAAAUAGGAAUAAAAUGU